AUGAAGCGACAGUAUAAAUGGAGUCUUCUGGUGGUGGACCGUUGGGAGAGCAUGAUGAUGAUUUACAGAUCAACGGGACUGGCCCUCCUUGUGUGCCAGCUUGGACUUAUUUUGAGGACCAAGGCUCAGAUUCCAGCUCAGUGUGUUACCAGUGACACAAACAGACCACCUGAAAACUCAGACAUAACGGUGGUCUGCGGUACCGAGCACAUGGACCUGAGUAUCUACCUUUGCCCCAUCUACCAAGAGCUCUACAACGAGUCACUGAUGGUGCUCAAUAAUGAGUUCACCAAAAACGAAUGUUUUGGGGAGGCGGACUGGACCGUCGACCCCCCUGUCUUAAAAUUCAGCUUCCCCAUAAAUGAAAGCUCCUUGACUUUGUGCGGGAAUGACUUUAAGAUUAUCAACCAGGUUGGCAGCGGGGCGUUCGCCGACUUCUCCAACGUCCAGUUUGUCAACAUCUCCGGCGACGUGACCUCCAUCGACCCGUCAGCGGGUAUGAUCACCUACAGGCCGCAGCUCUUCUACAAGUUCUCCUGCCUUUACCCCAUGCAGUAUCUGCUGAACAACACUCAGCUGGGCGUGUCUGGUGUGAGUUUGGCCAUAAAAGACAACAACGGCAGCUUCAUCAGCACACUCAGCUUGCAGCUCUAUGAAGAUGAGCUGUACCAGAAUCCGCUUACAAUCCCAUCGACUGGUCUCCAGCUGAAGACCAAGAUCUAUGCUGCUGUCACAGCCACCAACCUAACAGACAGGUUCAACGUGCUGCUGGAUCGAUGCUACGCCACCACCAGCCCGUAUCCCAACUUCGACUCCUUCUAUGACCUUUUUAUCGGAUGCACACGUGACGCCCAAACCACGGUGGAGCUCAACGGCGAGUCCCAGGAGGCGCGCUUCUCCUUUGAGGCCUUCAGAUUUGUGGAGCACAAAAAUCUGACCGUGUCCACGUUCUACCUGCACUGUGUCACCAGGCUGUGUGAGGUGUCCACGUGCAGCGACCUACUGCCGGAUUGCGGAACUAAGAAAAGACGAAGAAGAGAGGCUGAUGACGUGUUGGCUAACGCUACAGUCACCUCGCCAGCCAUUGUGGUGGCCAAACAGGGCACAGGAGAUUUUCAAACCAAUGCAGCUCCUUUUGAGUCGUCAGAGAGCAGCUACAGCGACCCCGUGGUGGCGGUCAUUGUCUGCAUCGUCAUCCUGGCUGUCCUCUUCACCGCAACGGCUGCUUACUUUGUGUAUUACAUCAAGCAAAGAUGAACAAUCAUGUCCUAAGCAACAUCCACACUAUCGAUAAAGCAUGGCUACCAGUACUUCAGUUGUUCUGUAGGCCCUAUACAGGUAGAUGUAAGUUAUUUGAAUUUGAACAUGGUGACAAGGGCUCAGAAUCUGUGCAAUAAUAAAAUGUAGUAAUACAUUGCCCAUUAUGAAAAUGAUUGUUUAUUGUGCAGUUGUGGUCCAUGAGUCUAUCUCUCAGAUAAAUGUAAAAUACAUGGAUUUUAUUGGACAAAACAGCCAAAGGAGGCUCACGGUACUGUAGCUACACUACAUUUCUUUAAUAGUUACAAUUAAGUGCAACAGUUCAUCAUACAGCAGACAUGCAGUCACAUUCAACCAGUAAAUAACAAUACUGCCACUUAGGUUUUCACAUGUCAAUAUAACAUUUUCAGCAGUGUAAUUCAUGAUACAUGCAAUACAUAGUUGUUACGAUCAAGAUUUUAAAGCUACAAUGUUAGCAUAAGAGCUUGUAAAAGAUAUGGAUGUUAAGAUGGCAUGGAGAGUACAAAGAGUUAGGAUGUUGAUGACUUUUUUUGUAUUGCGUGUUUCAUGUGUAAUGUAUAAAUCCUCUAAAUGUAUAAAAAAAAAUC